AUGGACAACCCCUGGCCCGUUCCGCUGGGAAGGCAAGCACUACCACUUCCGUCACGUCAAUCCGUGGGUCAAGCCUUACCAGAAACCCAUCCUCCCAUCUGGCUACCGGGAGUGGUUAGCCGCGACUCGUUGAUCUGGGCGGCCGAGCAACGGAUCCCCUACAUCAUGCUGGCCACCGAGAUGGAACCCACCAAGCAGGCGUUCCAGAUUUACCACGACACCGCUGCUGAGCUGGGCUACGAGUCCGGGCCGCAGAACAUCGGCUACCUGUGGAAGGUCCACGUCGACGAGACGGAAGAACUCGCAGAGCAGACCGGCCGGAAGUACGUACAGGGACCCAGCAACCCGUUCCUCGCCGGCAACGAGGGCACGACCAACCAGGCCCUGCUGCAUCUCCCCGGACUGACCUCACGCCGGCGAGUUUUGCCCACCACGUCCGUGGCGACGGCGGCCCGCGGCGGCAGCGCCGGCCCCGGCGGUGUCCUAUCGCGACCCUACGAGCAGCAGGUCGAGGACUACACGAUCAUCUCCGGCACCCCCGACACCGUCAUCCCCAAGAUCCGUCACGUGCUGGAAACCAUCCGCCCGGGCAGCAUCUUCUUCUGGGAUGGCGACGGCGCCAUGACCCACGACGACGCCAUGCGCAGCCUGCGCCUCAUGGGACAGGAAGUGUUGCCCGCGGUUCGAGAGAUUGCCAAAGAACUGGAUUUGCCGGGACCCUUUGAAGUGGACCCGGCCACCGGCAAGCCCUACGUCGCGAACCCGGCUCCCGCCGAGGUGGCCGCUGACGACUAG